ACACUUUUCAAACGCCACUAAUUAUUUUCACCUCUGUUUUCUAAUUUUUUCUCUCAAAAAUCAACCCUAAAAUUUCAACUUCAUGCUAAAUUCAAUGGAGUGGGUUCGCGGCGAAACGAUCGGUUACGGUUCUUUCUCUACAGUAAGCUUAGCUGUACCGAAAAACAAAGGUUCUGGCUCUUUAAUGGCGGUGAAAUCGUGUGAAGUCGAUGACUCUGUUUUACUCCAGAAUGAGGAAAAAAUACUGAGUCAACUCGGGGACUGUAGGAAUGUAAUUCGGUGUCUGGGUAUUCAAGAAAGCGUCGAGAAUCGGAGGAAAUUGUUCAAUUUGAUGUUGGAGUACGCGGGUGGCGGUAAUUUAGCUCAGCUGGUCAAGAAAAAUGGCGGGUGUUUACAAGAAUCUGAGAUUAGAAUCUACACGAGAUCGAUUUUAAACGGGUUGAGUUAUAUUCACUCAAACGGGUUUGUUCAUUGCGAUUUGAAGCUUCAGAAUUUGUUACUGUGUAACGAUGGAGAGUUAAAAAUUGCGGAUUUUGGAUUAGCGAAAAAAACAGGGGAAAAACAGGGGAGAAUUGAAGUUCGUGGGACUCCUUUAUAUAUGGCACCUGAGUCAGUUAAUGAAAACGAAUAUGAUUCACCGUGUGAUAUUUGGGCACUUGGGUGUGCCGUUUUGGAGAUGUUUACUGGUAAAACGGCGUGGAAUUGUGUGGGAGGGAAUUGUAAUAAUAUUGCGGCUUUACUGCUGAAAAUUGGGUUGAGUGAUGAACUGCCUGAGAUUCCUCAAGAAUUGUCUCCCGAAGUUAAGGAUUUUUUGUCCAAGUGUUUGGUUAAAGAUCCGGUUAAAAGAUGGACGGCUGAGAUGUUGUUGGAUCAUCCUUUUGUUAAAGAAUUUUCAUCAUCUUCUUCAUCAUCAUCACCAAGAUGUCCGUUUGAGUUUGAAGAUCGGGUUUCAAUUCCGAAUUCAUCACCGAAUUUUGAGUUAUCGGUGUCGGGAUUUGACUGGUCAGCUUUGUCUUCUUCGGAUUCAUCUUCCGCAGCAGAUAGAAUCCAGCAACUGGUGUCUGAUUCUGAUCAAGUUUGCGAUUGGUCGGUUUCUGAUGGCUGGAUCACCGUAAGAUGAAGCAGAGGAUCAAGAUUUAUUAUUCAAUUCUUUGAUUAAUUAGUCAGAUUCCAUUAAAAAUCUGGCGAUUUUUGUAAAUUGGUAGGAGAUCAGAUAGACAUAGCCAUAGACAGAGAGAUUUUAGUUAGCUCUGAUUGGUUAGUGACGGUGGCUAGAGUAUAUAUAACUAUUAUAAUUGUUAGUAUUAUUUUAAUUCAAUUGAAAAACAGAGCAAAUUGUUACUUUUCCAAAAAAAAGUGGCGUUUUUAGCAGAUUAA